UUUAGCUGUCGCAGUGGAGCUAUCGCGCCCGAUUGCCCCCGACAGCCUGAACAUAAAACCGAAGAAGAAGAAGAAGCUCUUGUGGGUCAAAGAGCGCCUGGAAAAUCUGUGAAAAAAAAAUUAUUUAUCUGCUGUAAAGUCAAUGGUUUGCUCUCUGACUAGCUGGAAUACAGCUUUUAAGUCUGAAAAUCCCUUGUCCCCAUUGUGUUCUGUCUUUAGUGUGUGAAAUAUAAGUGAGAAAAGCCCCAGAGGACCUCAAAAUUGACACCAGAAGGGGGCCCCAAGUGUUGCAAGAUUCAGGGUUCUGUGAGAGGGGAAGGUGACUCCCAGGGACACGCGACAGUGAGAAACAAACAGAGAAUCUUGCUGUGGAAGUGCGAAAAGUCUCACCUUUUCGGCUUGGACUGUACUAUUUUUGGGGAAUAUUUAAUAACCUUGAGAAAAAAAAUAAUUGAGCAUUUUCCUGGUUAGAGAAGACAGAGAAAAGCUGGAAUUGUGAGGCAGGAAGUGAAUGCAAAAAGAUCAGAAUGCCGCUUUUUGGGAAGAAAGACAGCAGUAGCAAGAAGGGGAAGAGUGGAAGGGAUUCUGCAAGAGAUUCAGACAAGCUGCCGGCCAUUGAGGACAAGUACAUUAUGAUGGAAUUGCUUGGAACUGGUGCAUUCUCAGAAGUAAGAUUGGCUGAGAGCAGAGAAACACCUGGUCAAUUAUUUGCUGUUAAAAUAAUUGACAAAAAAGGGCUCAAAGGCAAAGAAGAUUCACUUGAGAAUGAAAUAAAAGUUCUGAGAAGGUUCAGUGCAUUUCAAAAUGAGAGCGAUGGUCAAAACAUCGGACCGGGGCUAUCUCAUCCGAAUAUUGUGCAAUUGCUGGAGACGUAUGAGGAUAAGGCAAAAGUGUACUUGGUGAUGGAAUUAGUGACUGGGGGUGAGUUGUUCGAUAGGAUUGUGGAGAAGGGUUCGUAUACCGAAAAGGAUGCUUCAGGACUGAUUAGGCAGGUGCUGGAGGCUGUUGAAUAUAUGCAUGAACAAGGUGUUGUUCAUAGAGAUCUCAAGCCAGAGAAUCUUCUAUACUACAGUCCAGAUGAUGACAGUAAAAUUAUGAUAAGUGACUUUGGAUUGUCGAAAAUGGAGGAUUCAGGCAUAAUGGCAACAGCAUGUGGAACACCGGGAUAUGUUGCACCGGAAGUACUGGCACAGAAACCAUAUGGCAAGGCAGUUGAUGUAUGGAGUAUAGGUGUCAUCUCAUACAUUCUUCUCUGUGGUUAUCCACCAUUCUAUGAUGAAAAUGAUGCAAAUCUCUUUGCUCAGAUACUCAAAGGUGAAUUUGAAUUUGAUUCACCAUAUUGGGAUGAAAUUAGUGAAUCAGCUAAGGAUUUCAUUCGAAAUCUCAUGUGUGUCAAUGUUGAGAAGAGAUACACCUGCAAACAGGCCCUAACGCAUCCAUGGAUCUCUGGAAAUGCUGCCAGUAACAAGAAUAUCCAUGGAACUGUUUCAGAGCAACUUAAAAAGAACUUUGCCAAGUCACGUUGGAAGCAAGCCUACCAUGCUGCUACUGUCAUUCGGCAGAUGCAACGAAUGGCAUUAAACAGCAGCGUAAAUGCCGGAAAUUCGGCUUCAGGACGUACUGGAGGCGCCACUGAUGUCUCAUCAAAUACGAGCCUAAAUGGCAGUGGCGCCGGUAAGUAGGCAAUAAUAUGAUAGGCCGUCUCUCUACAUUGCGAAGCGUGGCUCAGAUUUAACUGACGGAUGAAAAUGAAAAAAAAAAUUAAAAAAAUUAAACAGAAACUUUCCACUUAGAAGUUAGAAAAGGGGGAAAUAAUUUUAUAUACUCGUUUUGAUCUAAGACUAUCGGUUUUACACUUUUUUUGUUAUUGUCUGUUUUUGUGGGCGGAGUUCAGUCCCGAAGAUAAAAUCUUCGUUACUCUUUUUUUGAAAGGUUGUGCUGCCUUUAAUGUUUUUUAACUGAUUUAUCCCCAACUUGUGAAUUCUUAAUUUUCAAAAAAUAUUCUUAGUUGGAAAAGCUCCGCCCAUUUAUUUUUUAUAUUGUUCAUUUUUUUUUAACGGCAAUCUCUAUUUUUUAUAUUGACUGUAGUUUUUUAUUAGUUUUUUUUUUUUGUUGGGUUUUACUACUUAGAAUUUAUUAAUUACUUAAUCCAUGACUAAUAUCGAAUACUAUUCCACUAGGCUGUCUAUUAUUGUACCUUGUACUUGUUUUUAUCUUAAAAAUUUUAAAAAUAUUUUUUUUUAAACUUCUUUCUCUACAAUCUCGAUAAAAAAGAAUUGUUCUUAAUCUCAUAAAUUAAUACUUAAAUAAAUAAAAAACUAAAAGAAUCUUGUAAAUAUAGAAGUUACUUUCGAAAUUUCCAAAACGAAAUUUAAAAAAAUAUAUAUAUAUAAAUAAAAGCUAUAAGUGUAGUUGUUAGUAAUAGAAAAUUUAAAAGAAAAAUAUAUAAAAAAUACGUUUAAAUUAGUAAAUAAAAACACAAUGUGAAACAUAGUAAAAAAA